UUGCAACCGUUUCUAAGGUCAAAGAAGGCUGAAGUUAGUUUGUAAGUUAAUCGGUCAGUCAGUCAAUCGUACAUCGGCGCCCGAAAAUAAGCGGAUUUUUAACACUAACCUACGCAGAGUGUCUCACGCCCUUACGGAUUUGUGACAUUUAAUUUGGUGGUAUCGUAAAAACUGUAAAAUGGCUACGGAGGCAAAGAAGAGAGUGUGCAUUGUUGGAAGUGGCAACUGGGGGUCGGCCAUUGCAAAAAUUGUGGGCGCCAAUGUCGUCAAGUACAACAACAAAUUUGAGACACGCGUAACGAUGUAUGUCUAUGAAGAAAUAGUGAAUAGCCAAAAACUGACUGACAUUAUAAAUCAAUUGCACGAAAACGUGAAAUACCUUCCGGGCCAUAAGAUUCCAGAGAAUGUUGUUGCCGUUCCAGAUGUCGUCGAAGCCGCCAAAGACGCGGACAUUCUUAUAUUUGUAAUACCGCAUCAAUUCAUAAGAACACUGUGCGCAACGUUGCUCGACAAAAUUAAACCAACGGCCGUUGGUUUAUCAUUAAUUAAGGGUUUCGAUCGAGGAGAUGGAACAAACAUCGAAUUGAUCUCAAAGAUCAUUGAAAAACAUCUAAGAAUUCAAUGUUACGUUUUAAUGGGAGCAAAUUUAGCUAACGAAGUUGCUGAAGAAAAAUUCUGCGAGACUACUAUUGGUUGUCGGGAUAAACGACUAGCGCCAAUAAUGAGAGAUCUCAUUCAAACUCCCAACUUUAGAGUGGUUGUUACUGACGACUGUGAAGCAGUCGAAGUAUGCGGUGCCUUGAAGAACAUUGUAGCAUGUGCUGCUGGUUUCGUAGAUGGUUUAGGAUUAGGGGACAAUACAAAAGCAGCCGUCAUCAGAUUAGGACUAAUGGAGAUGGUUAAGUUUGUAGAUACCUUUUACAGUGGCUCGAAACUUUCAACGUUCUUUGAAAGUUGCGGUGUAGCCGAUCUGAUAACUACUUGCUAUGGAGGAAGAAAUCGCAGAGUCUGCGAGCAAUACGUAAAAAGUGGCAAAACCAUUAGACAACUCGAGGAGGAAUUAUUAGGUGGCCAGAAAUUGCAAGGGCCAGCCACAGCUGAUGAAGUUCAUGGAAUGUUAAAGGGUCGCAACUUAACGGAGAAAUUUCCUUUGUUCACGGCAGUGCAUCGCAUCUGUACUGAUCAAAUAAGACCAGCAGAUUUACUUGACCAAAUUCGUAAUCAUCCUGAACAUGUGAUGAGGUUGGAAGGCGUUCAAGAAACAUAGUUGAAUGUUGAAGAGUGCUUAAUAUGAAACUAUUUUCAUAUUGCUGUCCACCUUAGAAAUACUGUACAUAUUUUGUUAGACGCAAACUACAAAUAAAACCAGCUGAAUUGACAUUACUGCCCUUAAAUGAGCAUGUGACAAUUUAUAAUUAGUUUUAAUUACAAUGUAAUGAUUCUAUCUGACCCAUAUAGAUGUGUAACUGUACUAUUAAAUAUGUAAUAAAAUUUGACUCUCA